GUGUAUGGAGGUGCAGGUAGGUUGAAGUUAGGCUUGUGUGCGUGCGUGUGUUCUAUUUUAAUGCCAUGUAUAUCCUGAAAGCUAGUAGCUAAGUUGACGCUUGGCUGUAAUCCUUAAUAUUUAACUCACCAGAACCAAACCAACCCAGAAAGUUAGCCGAACAGCUGAUCUGAGUUUUGACAGUUGAUUAGAAUAAAAAGGCGGACUCACCAUGAAUAUGGGAACUGCGACGCCAAGUUCCAAUAUGAGCGGUAUGACGAAAAACAUGAAAAAUAUGUCUGGCAUGGAUAUGGCUGGUGGUAUGAAUAUGGACGGUGGUAUGAAUAUGGACGGUGAUAUGAAUAUGGACGGUAUGAAAAUGGCCUUCCAUACAGGUGCCAAAGAAACCAUUUUAUUUACUGAUAUAAAGACAGAAAAUGUAGCAGAAAUCAUUGGCGCCUGCAUUUUGGUGUUCAUUCUCUCAGGUUUCUACGAGGGAUUCAAAGUGCUCAGAGAAAUGCACAUGGAACGUUCUGUAAAGAAGAAGAAAGGGGAUGACAACACAGUGUAAGCAGUCUUAUUUUCUUAUGU